UCCAUCCCAGCUCCAUCUAGCUUGGCUCAGAAUAUUUCCAGUGAUGGGGCAGCCACAGCUUCUCUGGGUACAAUACUUGGCUGUUGCUGGGGCAGGGUGUGAACUGAGUGCUCCUUUUCCCUUCAGCGUGCAGGACAAGGCUGGAGUGCUGGAUUCCGUGUCCAUCCCGCGCUUCGUCCCCGAGAUCACCAUUGGUGGCUCUGAGUACGACAAGAUCUAUUAUGAGUACCGGGAGCUCCCUGGGCACAAGUACAAACCAGGCUACAACGCUGAUGUUGGGGACAAGUGGAUCUGGCUGAAAUGAAAUCUGUUCCUGCUGGAGCCCUGGCCAGGAUGGACCACAGGACCUGAGGGAAGAGGAGCCACGUUCAGUGCACCUGCUGCACAUCACUUGUGUAGCACCAAGGAAACACUGCUGAAAUCAUUUCCCAUCCCCAGCAGAAAGGAGUAGACUCCCAGAAGGAAAACCACUUCAUUCUGGUUUGUUUUUUCCCUGAGGAACUCAGGGAUGUUGGAUAGUCAGUGUGGGAUAGCCAAGUGAGCUGGGGCAGGCUGAACAUCAGAGCUGAAUUUUCUCUUCCUUGAGACUGUGGCACAUUAUUAUCCAGGAUUAGUGUUGUUCUGCUGAUUCAAGAGGAAUUAAAGCUGUACCCUCCUGGCUCUCACAAAAUUA